GGUUGGACAGGUUGCAAGGAAACUUUGAUCUCAUUAGCCUCCCUAACUUUUGGACCCGCCGACACCUUAUUAUCCCUUUGGACAUGUUGGCUUAGUAAUUAGUCGGAGACUGAUUGAAAAGCACCAAGCCUGACUCAGUGGGGCAAAACCAAAUAGAGACCAGACAGCCAUGUUUUGAAGCAAAUUUCUGGAACUUCUUGGGGAAAAUGACAGAGGGGGGAGAAGAAACAGCUGAAUUAACAGCUACCCAGAAGCCAGGUGAAUCAAAUUCCACCAAAAACAACAGAAAUGAAUCAAUGGAGUGUGAAAGUCCAGCAGAAGGGUGGCUGGAUCUGAGCUUGGGUGGGAAUUUGCAGGCCCCAAAUGGGGCAGAUUCUGAGCCACAGCCAUUGAUGAACAAGCCAAGUAAUUUAGCUCCAAAGGUCUUCUCCUGUAACUUCUGUAUGAGGAAAUUCUACAGCUCUCAGGCAUUGGGUGGCCACCAAAAUGCCCACAAAAGGGAGAGAGGAGCAGUCAGAAGAUACAAAUUUCAGAGAAUAAUGGCGAUGAUGGGUCUGCCAUUGCCAUUAAUGAAUAAUGCUGCUAAUUUAAUGGUUCGGUCGCUGAGUGUAAGGCCCCACUCACUCGGCCAUAGCCAUGGAGGAUCUUCUGCUGCCGCCACCACUGCCGCAAGGUUCGACGGCGACGGCGGCGGCGGUAAGAGGUUAAAGAUGGCCGCCGCCGCCAUAUUGGGAGAAGAGCUGAUGGACAUGGGAUGGCCAGGGAGCUUCCGAUUCAACAGCCAACAGGAAACAGAGCCACUGAAGCUGGACUUGAAUCUUAGGCUUUAAUAAUGGGCGUUUCGAAAUGGGGUUUUUUGGUUUUUGUUUUUGAUUAUGAAAUUUCAUGUGUUGUAGAAUGAAUCGGCCAUGGAUGGAUCAAUCUCUAUGGUUUGUACCCAAAAAUAUAAUAUAGCCUACAGCCAAUAGCCAAUAGCCAAUAGCCAAUA